AUGGCGGACGCCGAGGACAUUCAGCCUCUUGUCUGUGAUAAUGGGACAGGAAUGGUGAAGGCUGGAUUUGCUGGAGAUGAUGCUCCAAGAGCUGUUUUUCCUAGCAUUGUUGGCCGCCCACGUCACACUGGCGUUAUGGUUGGCAUGGGCCAGAAAGAUGCGUAUGUUGGGGAUGAGGCUCAGUCCAAGCGUGGUAUCUUAACUCUGAAAUACCCCAUUGAGCAUGGAAUUGUGAGCAACUGGGAUGACAUGGAGAAGAUUUGGCAUCAUACCUUCUACAAUGAACUUCGUGUUGCUCCUGAAGAGCACCCAAUUCUCCUCACUGAAGCACCUCUCAACCCUAAGGCAAACCGUGAGAAAAUGACCCAGAUCAUGUUUGAGACCUUCAAUGCUCCAGCUAUGUAUGUAGCCAUCCAGGCUGUUCUGUCUCUCUAUGCCAGCGGUCGUACUACUGGUAUUGUUCUUGACUCUGGAGAUGGUGUCAGCCACACAGUCCCCAUUUAUGAGGGGUAUGCUCUUCCACACGCCAUCUUGCGGCUUGACCUUGCAGGUCGUGACCUGACUGAUGCCCUGAUGAAAAUCUUGACCGAGCGUGGCUAUUCAUUCACCACCACAGCUGAACGGGAAAUUGUGAGGGACAUGAAGGAAAAGUUGUCUUACAUUGCUCUUGACUAUGAACAAGAAUUGGAAACUGCUAAAACCAGCUCUUCUGUUGAGAAGAGCUAUGAGUUACCUGAUGGUCAGGUGAUCACCAUCGGGGCUGAGCGUUUCCGAUGCCCAGAGGUCCUCUUCCAACCAUCCAUGAUUGGAAUGGAGGCUGCUGGUAUUCACGAGACCACAUACAAUUCCAUAAUGAAAUGCGAUGUUGAUAUUAGGAAGGAUUUGUACGGGAACAUUGUUCUUAGUGGUGGUUCCACCAUGUUCCCUGGAAUUGCUGAUAGAAUGAGCAAGGAAAUUACUGCAUUAGCACCCAGCAGCAUGAAGAUCAAGGUUGUUGCCCCACCAGAAAGAAAGUACAGCGUCUGGAUCGGAGGCUCUAUCCUAGCUUCCCUCAGUACCUUCCAGCAGAUGUGGAUUGCCAAAGCCGAGUAUGAUGAAUCUGGCCCAUCAAUUGUGCACAGGAAAUGCUUCUGA